GGCGACAGAUGGUUAAAGAAAAAAAAAUUCCCCUUCUGGGAAUCGCCAAGGAGAGAAGAAUAGAAGUCACAGUCUAUAGUUGAACGCAUUCUAUCACAACUAUUAUAGUUAGGAGCAAUCAACCUCCAAUACGAGUACAGACCGCAUCAAGCAACUCCAUCUUCUUGCUCGAUUUAAUGAUCAAAAAGAUCCCCAUUCUCUUGGUGGUGCUCCUCCUUGUGGCUUUUGUUUGUCAGUUCCUCUCGGUGCUCUCAGCACCCGUGACCACCUCCAUUGCGCUUUCCAACUAUGCCAAUAAACUCUUCGGGGUGUUUGGAGUCUGUCUGAACGGCGUCUGCUCCAAAGCGAGCAUUGGAUACCCGACUAGCCUUGUGGAGGAGGAGGGCUUUUCAUUGCCGUCGAAUGCGCGCCACAGCGUGUCGAAACUCUUGGUGGUGCACCCAAUCUCCGCCGGAUUCAACUUCCUCUUGCUCGCAGGCUCAGUGUUUCUCCUCUCCGACAGGUUUGCGGCGUCGCCGAACUUUGUCUUGGUGUUGCUUGUCUUUUCCUUCCCCACAUUUCUCCUCACGUUACUUUCGUUUUUGGUAGACAUUCUCGUGUUCAUUCCGCAUCUAGACUGGCCCGGCUGGAUCAUUAUCGUCUCUAUUGUGUUCAUUGCAGUAUACAUCGCUCUUCUCUGUUUUGUCAAGCGCAGUGCCACCACCAGACAGUACAAGAGGCCGCAGUUCACCGAGUAUUUGAACACCAGCAACGGGGAACUCGAGACAAAGAGUAACCCAGAUCCGGCGUACGAAAUGAACUAUACGUACGGGGAAGUGGAGGGAAGCAGCCAUCCGAGCCAUUACUCCCCAGUGGAUGAUUCUCGUAGCUCCCCCGACCGUGGGAACACCUUCGACAGGGACGGUUACCGUUACUACCAUCCAGUACAGGAUGAUGCUCUCGACGAUACAAAUGUGACUGGCGACUUGACCCAGAACAAUUUGGAAACCCAGGAGGGUACUGCUCCAAUGGAGGUACUAGACGCUUCGAUGAAUCCUGUCCUCCAUAAAGCUGUCCAGGCGUUUCCAGAGACAGCCCGAACUGACUUCCAGAGUAACACCCAGGCUGGCUUCCAAAACCAACCGCAGGACAUUUUUGAAAAUGCCGACAUUCCGGUGUAUACGCUGUCCCCUAGGCCCGCUGCUAUCCCUCCAGGAGCCCCUAAAACGCCGUAUCCUGUUAAUGACGACUUUGACUUCAGCAGUCCUGCAACUCCGACCGAGUAUUUCCAUCCCCAGAGUGCAACGGCCGGAAAUGCAAAUACCUUCACCAACGACCCCGCGGCCAAUUUCCAUGCCAAUGGGUUUAUGGGAACCGACGAUUACGUCACCCCCAAGAUAGGCUCGACCCCUCAGCGAGUGGUGUCGGGACCUAGACCGUACCCUGGGGAUGCCGAGAGUCUAUUACACUCCUCGCCGGUAGUGCCCACAAGUCCCGAAACUGUCUUGCCAUCUGAGGGCGCCAGACGAAACUUGAACCCUGAGAUGGUGAAACACAAGCUCAGCGUCAGUCUGGAAGAUGGCGGUUCGAUGUACACUUCCGGCACCUCUGCUUAUAUUUCAGCCGAGAGCGAUGAGGAUCGAUUCCGAAACUCUGCGGUCGACUCGGAAAACGAAUCCACACUCGAUCCAGACUUGCAGGUAGAGGCUACUGAGUUUAACCAGUCGCAAAUGACAACCGUGCUUUCUCCAGCGUCUGACAGAACUUUCGAGGGCCACAAUCCCGCCGCUGAUGCCUACUCUCGGUUUACCGAAGAUAGUUCCACCAUUCACGGCUUAUCCCGCAAUGCCACUCUCCAGAAACCCAGAAAGGCAGAGGGGCCAGCUGUCAUGCCUUUUGGAGAGCAGUCCUACGCGGCGGUGGGAUCUCACAGACACAACCCAACCUCGGAGCAGUCCGUCCCUGGAUCCUCAAUCUACACCGAACAGCCAGCUGUUGGAAAUGGUAUCGAAGACGGCGAAUCCGACGUUUCUGACGUUUUAGACAUCUACAAACGAGCCAGCGUUCAGAAACAAGACCCCUCCCCAACCCGGGUAAGCAGCGUCACUCAGCCACUCAGAAUCGACGCCAGAGAUGUCUCUAAUACCCAAAUGAUCAGCGUCUACAGCGACGACACGGAAACGAGCCCGAAUCUUCUUGCAACACCGUAUCUCGGGGAGUAUGAAUCAGACAUGUUGAACACAAACUCUUCCAUCAGGUUGGCGCGCACUCCAUCUCCAUCAGGGCACCAGCGUCACUCCCAGAUCUCGUCUGGAGCCCCGGACUCACCAAUUGGUUCCGUACACUCUGAUUUUACAUCCAUCAGCCAGCGGGGAAUCAACCCUAAGUACUUUGAGAGCGACGAAUACCGCACGUUGAUGCUCCAGGGACAGCAAGACCAUCUUGCGAACCAGUUCCAGAAGAACAGAAGCCUGGUGCGAACCGUCCAGGUGAAACGGGUAUCGAACUACGGAAUGGACGCCAUCGCACAAGCCAGUGCCUCUAGCGCUCAAGUGAAUGGCCCCAUGGAGCGCUUCAAGUCGCUGACCAACGGCCAGCGCUUGAGCCAUGCCUCGAAUAGCCUGCCAUCUCAGUUUUCACCUGAUGUGGUCUUGGACAACAAUCCUGAUUUUUCGUUGGGGAAUCGGCGGAUGAAGUCUGUUACACGUAAGGUGAGUAAUACCGCAGCGAAGUAUGCGUAGAUGUCUCACUGGGUUAUUUAUCGGAAAAUUUAUUUUUUGAGUGCGUAUUUUUUGGACAUGUAUUUUUAUUGGUUAUCACUCUAUUCUUGCAUUAAUUAACCAAUAUAGCAACUUAUUACUAGACAUCAAAACUUUAAAAGCAAAUACGUAUAGUUCCAGUUAUUAAACUCGGC